AUUUUCUGCUAUUUUACCUCCUUUUAUUUUACAGUUUUCUCCUUCAUGUUCCUCCCCCUCCCAGUUCACAAAUCCUUCCCAUAAUCUCCUAAAAUAACAAAAAGUUGAAUCUUUCCUAUAUUCCAUUCAUAUUCUUUCAAUCUUUCAACUACACCACUCAAUAAAGAUUGUCUUUUUCUUGAAUUUAUGAUUAUGACAAACCCAUCUGCAAAUAACAACAAUCCAACAAUCACCACCACCACCACCAAUGGCAGCAUUAUCAACGGUGGUUGCUCCACCGUGCCGGAAUAUUCCGAUGUGGGUCCCUCUGAGCGUGCAUUGAAGCACAAGAAUAUUAGUCUUUCAAAGGUCUGGACUUGUGAUGAACAGUCUCUAUUGGAAGAACUCCUCACCAAAUACGCAUCGGAUAGUAAGGUAAUGCGUUAUGCAAAAAUUGCGCCUAAAUUGCAGAACAAAACAAUGCGUGACGUGGCACUACGUUGUAUAUGGAUGACUAAAAAAGUUGCAGAUCAUCAACAGGUGAAGCCGUCGUCUCAUGCUACAAAUCACUCCAACGGUCAACCGUAUGCUCAUUUAUCAAAUUCCACAGACAGUGACGAUACUGAUAGCAUAUCUUAUGAAGAUAUUGGUGGUGAAUCAGGGCAGCUAAUUGAGGAAAAUGUCCAGGCCAUGAAGCAAAUUUCUGCUAAUUUUUCUUCGUUAAAGGUGCAUGAAAACAUCGAUCUUUUUUCUAAAAUAAGAGAUAACAUUGUCGUGCUCUUGAAGGCAAGCUUAAACGAUAUGUGUGAGAUGAUGAAGAAUAUGCCACCUCUACCCUUUAAGCUCAAUGAUAAGCUGGCCAACUCUAUAAUACCCGAGUCGUCGUCCUCCGUUCCAAUGGAAUUUUAAGCUUCUUCCAUCAUAAACCUUGGUUUCGUUUUCUUGAAUCACGACCUGGAAGCAGAUCAAUCAAAUGUUCUUUUCGUAGAUUAAGGGCUUCCGGGACUCAUGCUUUGUGCUUUUCGGGUCAGAUUGAGAUUGUGAAUAUUUGUGUUGAAGAUUGGUCUUUGUGAAUAGCAGCAUUGAGUUGAAGUAAUUUAACAUUUGUUAUGGUGCAAUAACUGCUGAUGUGCACCUUGAGCCAAUGUGCAAAACUUGGUCCAAACAGGAAUGGAACUGGUUAGCUCAAUAGCUCGGUUUGGUUCGGUUUUU